UAGAUUAAGCGACCGCGCAGUGGUCGGAGGCACCAGCGUGGAGCGGCUUGCGUUUUAAAUCAUCUCAGCGUUUCGGGAAAAAAAACAAACAUCCACAACGUCGUACGCAAUCAUGAGGGGUGAUAGAGGCCGAGGCCGCGGAGGGCGGUUCGGCUCCAGAGGAGGACCCGCUCAGGGGUACAGGCCCUUUGUUCCACACAUCCCGUUUGAUUUCUAUGUGUGUGAAAUGGCCUUCCCUCGAGUGAAGCCUGCCCCCGACGAGACGGCCUUCAGCGAGUGUCUGCUGAAGAGAAACCAGGACCUCAGCCCCACCCCUACAGAGCAGUCUUCCAUCUUGUCCCUCGUCACAAAGAUCAAUAACGUGAUUGACAACCUCAUUGUUGCCCCGGGUAACUUCGAAGUGCAACUUGAGGAGGUGCGCCAGGUGGGCUCCUACAAGAAGGGCACCAUGACCACGGGGCACAACGUGGCAGACCUGGUCGUCAUUCUCAAGAUCCUGCCCACGCUUGAAGCUGUUGCAGCUCUUGGAAACAAAGUCGUAGAGACCCUCCGAACACAGGACCCAGCAGAAGUGCUGUCCAUGCUCACCAACGAGACCGGUUUCGAGAUCAGCUCUGCGGACGCCACUGUGAAGGUCCUCAUCACCACGGUGCCCCCGAACCUGCGCAAGCUGGAUGCAGAGCUGCACUUGGAUAUCAAGGUCCUUCAGAGCGCCCUUGCAGCGAUCCGCCACGCCCGCUGGUUCGAGGAGAACGCAUUGCAGUCCACCGUGAAGGUUCUGAUCCGGCUUCUGAAGGAUCUCCGAGCCCGCUUCCCAGGCUUCGAGCCGCUCACACCCUGGAUCAUAGACCUGCUGGGGCACGCUGCAGUGAUGAACAACCCUUCUAGACAGCCCCUGUCCCUCAAUGUCGCUUACAGACGUUGCCUGCAGAUGCUGGCCGCUGGUCUCUUCCUGCCUGGCUCUGUUGGAAUCACAGACCCCUGUGAGAGUGGUAACUUCCGUGUGCACACAGUCAUGACCCUGGAGCAGCAGGACAUGGUGUGCUUCACAGCGCAGUCUCUCGUCAGGAUCCUCUCUCACGGGGGUUACAGGAAGAUCCUGGGGCUGGAGGGAGAUGCCAGCUACCUGGCCUCUGAAAUGUCCACGUGGGACGGGGUGAUUGUGACCCCCUCGGAGAAAGCCUACGAGAAGCCCCCCGAGAAGAAAGAGGGAGAAGAGGAGAAUCUGGAGGAAGGAGGAGAGGGAGAGGAGGAGAGCAUGGAGACACAGGAGUAGAGGCAUCUACCGUUGCAGUUUCCUAGCGGACAGACCUGGACCACCGAGAACUGUCGCCCGGCUUUCUUUAACCCUUCUAAACAGUCUGCAUCAUUUGUGUUUUGUUUUGAGAUGUUUACAUGGUGACCAAUUAAACAGUUUGUAUUUUUGGGUUUUAUUAGGA